AUGGCCGUGAUUAGCUGCUACGAGCGGCUGAGAAUGGAGAUCCAGGCGCUGAUCACGGAGAACAAGGAGCUCAGGAAGCUGGUGGACUUGAUGAAAGAGAACCAGGAGCUGAAAAACGUCCUGCGGAACCAGUCGCUGGGCGGCGAGAUGUCGCUGUCCACGCUCCCCUCCACCAGGUCCAGUGAGAGAGAACAAACCGGCCCCGCAGCCGGGUCCCCGCUCUUCCGCCAGAGCACCUCCCUGCUGUGGGAUGACUCCAUUGAGGAGGGGCCACUCGCCAGCAACCUGUUCGGCUCGGGCUCCAAAACGUCCUCCCGGGCCAGCAAGACAUCCCUGUCAAAGCACUCAAGCCAGAUCUCUGAGGGUCAGGUCUCUGAGGCCAGGGCCCGAACCCCCGAGUCCUCCUACCGGAGCUCCACCGACUCCAGCAAAAAGUACAUGCACACCCGGCUGCCCUCCAGCGUCAAUUUCAAAGGCGCAAGCCCCGUUUCUCCGGGGAUGGCCGUGAUUAGCUGCUACGAGCGGCUGAGAAUGGAGAUCCAGGCGCUGAUCACGGAGAACAAGGAGCUCAGGAAGCUGGUGGACUUGAUGAAAGAGAACCAGGAGCUGAAAAACGUCCUGCGGAACCAGUCGCUGGGCGGCGAGAUGUCGCUGUCCACGCUCCCCUCCACCAGGUCCAGUGAGAGAGAACAAACCGCCUCCACAGACAGCGUUCCCCACAGCGCCUCGCCAUGGGACACCAACCUCAACGACAACGUCUUCAGCAACGACCCACCCUUGCUCCCGCAGAGUGCCACCUCCCCCACCAGCAGGGCCGCUCCCAUCAGCUUCCAGAUGCCCCCAACCCCACAGGACCCCCAGCGCCCACCAGACGUCAGGCCCAAGGAGAUGACGCGCAAGGUUUUCCGAGCUGCCGAUAGGCCCCAGACACAAGGGGCCACUUCCAAGCCCAACCUCGUCAAAGAUCACAACCAGCUGACCUGGGAGCGCAUCGUGGGGGAAAUCGCCUUUCAGUUGGAUCGCAGGAUCCUCUCCAGCAUCUUCCCCGAGCGUGUGCGGCUCUACGGCUUCACUGUCAACAACAUCCCCGAGAAGAUCAUCCAGGCUUCCACCAACACUAUCUCCAACCAGGUGGAUGAGCAGCAGUGCACAGCGAUGACGCGGCGCUACCUGGAAAUCAUGAACCGCCUGAAGGCAGUGGGGUACAACCCAUGCAUGCACCCCAGCUUCACCGAGUAUAUCGUGAACACCUACGGCAUUCUGCGGGAGCGGCCAGAGCUGGCCGCCUCUGAGAGCGGCUCCUACAACAACGUGGACUUCCUGCGCAAGGUGGUACUGGAGACGGUGCCUGAACCUAUCCGGGACAACGCCCUCAUCCUGCUCGAGUGCCUCGCCCAGCUGGCCAAGGACGACGGCAAGCCCAUGUUCAUCUGGUGAGCUGAGGCCGCC